GUGGCCCGCCCCUGAUCAGGCUCCGUCCCCCUCGCGCCACCGCCUCAUCUGGCUCCGUCCCCUGCUCCACUUGCACGUCUCCCAGGCGCCGCCCCGUCUCCGCUCCGCCCCGCGCCCGCAGCCCCUUCCAUCAUCGCAGUUACAGGGCCUGGGCGUCUCGGCGCGCUCCCGCAGGAUGGUGACUGCUAAGGCAUGGGUUCUGAAGAAGCAUUUUGAGGGUCCCCCCAAAAACAGCGACUUUGAUCUGAAAAAGAUAGAGCUGCCAAAUCUGAAGGAUGGAGAGUUGCUGCUUGAAUCAGUGUUUCUCAGUGUUGAUCCUUACAUGAGACCUUACAGUCGAACACGCAUGAAGGAAGGAGACAUAAUGAUAGGCACACAGGUUGCCAGGAUUGUAGAAAGCAAGAAUCCUGCUUUCACAGUAGGGACCUUUGUUGUGGCUGGAAGUGGAUGGAGAACUCAUUUCAUCUCUGAUGGGAAAGACCUGCAACUCCUUCCUUCUAGCUGGCCAGAAUCACUCCCCAAAUCUCUGGCUCUGGGGACAGUUGGCAUGCCGGGCCUCAGUGCGUAUUUCGGUCUGCUGGAGGUCUGCAAGAUGAAGCCAGGAGAGACAGUGCUAGUUAAUGCUGCAGCUGGUGCUGUGGGCUCUGUGGUGGGCCAGCUUGCUAAAAUCGGAGGCUGCAAAGUGGUUGGCUGUGCUGGCUCAGAUGACAAGGUUGCCUAUCUGAAAAAAAUAGGCUUUGAUGAAGUCUUUAAUUACAAGACUGUUACAUCUUUGGAUGAAGCACUGCGUAAAGCCUCUCCUGAUGGCUAUGACUGUUUCUUCGACAAUGUGGGUGGAGAGUUUGCCAGUAUUGCUAUUAACCAGAUGAAGCAAUAUGGGAGGAUUGCAGUCUGUGGAGCCAUCUCUCAGUACAAUGACUCUCUGUCUCAGAAAGGGCCUUAUGUGCAGGUUCCAAUGAUCUUCAAAGAACUUCAAAUGGAAGGGUUUCUUGUGUCCCGCUGGGAUAACCGCAGGGAGGAAGGUCUGAAGGCACUGCUAAAAUGGGUCAUGGAGGGAAAACUGAAGUACCAUGAACAAGUCACUGAAGGAUUUGAGAACAUGCCAGGGGCUUUCAUUGGAAUGUUAAGGGGAGAAAAUAUUGGAAAAGCCAUCGUAAAAGUUUGAAGGCCACGUAUUCAUGGAAGACUGGUACAGGAGAAUGUGAUUCUGUUAAGUGCUUUUAAUUCACUGGCUGAAAGGCAUGUUUCAGCCUAUUUUCUGGAUACUUGGUGAUGAUAAUUUCUGUUAAUAAUUAGGCUAAUAAGUAUGUGCUGGUACCGCUCUUUGCUCUUGAAGAAACUGAGAAUUGCUUCUCAAAGAUACAUUUGAAAAAGUGCCUUAAAACUGCUGAACUGUAACAUUUAAUAGUAGCUUGAACUUUUCUACAAGUUUGCUUAUAGAAAGGAAAAGCAAUUCCAAAAGUUUUGCUAGCUGACGAUGUGUCUGAUAAUGUUAACCCAUUGAUUUGGCCCAGAACUCAGCAAGAUGGACGUUUUUUAAACACCAUCAAGGAGCAGAGAACAGGCUAACAGCAUCUAGGGCUUCCCCGCUGCUUAUUUUAAUUUUUUAUUUUUUUUACUACUUUCAGCAGGAAAUGUAGAUACCUCAGUUAUUCUAGGAUUAUGGAAAGAAAAAAAUAAAUCUGUUAAUGAAUAUUC